AUGAUAACUUCUGAAAAUUGUGAAUCCCAUAUUUUAGCAGAGAAUAUAAAGGGGAGAAAAAUUAUAAUAAUUUUAGAAGGAGCUCAUUUACAAUUAAUCGAAACUAAGAAAUACAUUUAUGAAUUAGCUAAUAAUGUGAAACAUAAGCAUCUGUUAAGAAAUAAAGAAAGCGAAGAAGAGAUAAAAAAUUAUAGACCAGAUAUAUUACAUCAAUGCUUAGUACACCUACUAGAAAGUGCAUUAAAUAAAUAUGGCAUGCUACAAGUGUAUGUAAAAACUUAUGAUAACCAAUUAUUUUAUGUUUCUUCAAAUUUAAAAAUUCCAAAAACGUAUGACCAAUUUGAAUCGUUAAUGGUAACUUUCUUACGUAAAUACAAAAUAAAAGCAAAUGAAAAAAACAUUUGUUUAUUGAAAUUUUUGAAAAAUGAUUAUAAUGCCAUUUUGCCAAUUAAUGGGAAAAAAAUUGCUUUAUCAGUCAAGGGUAAGAAAGUACGUUUGUCUGAUUAUGUUCAGAAUUUACAAAACGAAAAUGUUCCCAUCACAUUUUUUAUUGGGGCUGUAGCAUAUUCACAUCCCGUUAUGAAACUUCAAAAUUUGGACGACAACAUUAGCAUAUCCGAAUUCAGUCUUAGUGCUGCUACAUGUUGUUCAUCCAUAUGUUCAGAGUUUGAGAAUUUGUGGAAUAUCUUCUAA